AUGACGACAAAUACACAAGAAACACUUUAUAAAAAUUGUACCAUUGAUCUUGGUCUUUAUCUAAAAGACAAAAAUGAUUUAUUGGCAAUUAAAGAAUGCCAAAAGGCUGCAAAUGCUUUACGAGAUUAUGGUAUUUUACUCGUGAAAGAUCCACGGGUAACUGAGAAAGAUAAUUCUCGGUUUAUAGAUUUAAUGGAAGAUUAUUUUGCUCAACCAUUAGAGAUAAAACUUAAGGAUGCACGUCCAGACAUUGGUUAUCAAGUGGGCGUGACUCCUGAAUUCAUGGAAACACCAAAAUGUCAUCAAGAUCCCAACUGUCAAGAUAUAAUUUCUCGUAUGCCUGAGGAAAGUCGUCCAUUAAUAUCUUCGGGGCCUGAUGUAAAAUGGCGUUUCUUUUGGCGUUCAGGGGAAUUACCAAAAGAAACCAAAUUUCCUCAAUUAAAUGCAGCACCUGUUAUUCCUGAUGCAUUUAAAAAUAUCUGGUCGAACAUCAUGAGCCAAUGGGGUAAUCAAUUACAUCAAGCUAUUUUAACUGUCGCUGAAAUGACUUCAGUAGGAUUAGGACUUCCUGCAAACACAUUACCAGAUCUCGCGAAAAAUGGUCCACAUCUUUUGGCACCUACAGGAAGUGAUUUAAAUAAAUAUGGAAAACUUAAUACAGUUUUAGCAGGAUUUCAUUAUGAUCUAAAUUUCUUGACAAUUCAUGGUAAAAGUCGAUUUCCCGGUUUAAAUAUUUGGCCUCGUAAUGGAUCAAUUAAAGUUCCGGUUAAAAUUCCUGAUGGAUAUUUAUUCGUUCAAGCUGGCAAACAACUUGAAUGGUUAACGGGUGGUGAAAUAAUGGCAGGUUAUCACGAAGUGAUUGUGACAGAAGAUACUAUUAAAGCUAUUGAGAAUGCAAAGAAAACUCGACCAGAUAGACCUUUAUGGAGAAUAUCUUCUACUUUCUUUCUUCACAUUGCGAGUGAUAAUUUAUUAGAGACAUUAGUAUCAUGUAAACCUAAUCUGAAACUUUAUCCAAAAAUUUUUGCUGGUGACCAAGUAAAACAUGAAUUGGGACUUAUUGAACUGUUGAAAGAGGAUUAA